GCUUGUACAUCUUGGGCGAAGGUGGCACUUUGACAAAAAGUACAAUCAUAAGGAGCACAAAGAUUGAUUCAUAUAGUCUUCUUGACAUCAUAGAAUUAAAACAUCCCAUCUUUUAACAGCUCAGUUGCAUAAUCUCCUUCUGAUAGAGAACUUGAAAGCUGACGCAACCAAAACGACAAAUUUGCUGCCUUUGCCACUAUCUUGUCUUUAACUCCAAAACUUUGUGUAUAAAUACAGAUAUUGUCCAGUUUAUCUUCGUCUUCUUGCAUAGUCUUUGUCUGAAAAGAGUUAGAGAAACAAAAAAAAUGAAAAACAAAGGCUUUUUCUGUUUGUUGGUCCUGUUUUUUCUGGGUUUUCAAGUUUGCGUUCAGGGAAGGUUGUUAGCAGCAUCAAAACCUGACAGAGAUGAUGCUGCUGGCUAUGCUCGUUGGUUGGUGUCCCAGAAUUCUUGGGGGAUUUUAAAUACAAUAUCAACUGAGUUGGAAGGAGCACCAUUUGGGAAUGUUGUCUCUUUUAGUGAUGGGGUACCUGAGAAAAGCUCUGGCAUCCCAUAUUUCUAUUUGACAACCCUUGAUCCGACAGCAAGAAAUGCAUUGAAGGACCAUAGAUCCUCACUCACAAUCAGUGAGUAUCCACUUGGAACUUGUGGUAAAGCAGACCCAGAGAGCCCUGUUUGUGCCAAAAUCACUCUCACAGGAAAGUUGGUACUACUUGAUGCAAACUCUAAAGAGGCAGAAUUUGCUCAAACUGCACUGUUCACAAAGCAUCCUGAGAUGAAGGGGUGGCCUAAGAGUCAUAACUUCCAGAUCUUCAAACUGGAGAUCAAAGACAUUUUUAUGAUUAACUGGUUUGGUGGCCCUAAACCUCUCACAGUUGAUCAGUACCUCAAAUACAAAAUGUGAAUGUCAAAGCUGUAUACAAUUGUAUGCCAAAAGUUUCCUCAAGAACAAAUUUGCCAUCAGUCUGUGAAAUGUGAAACUCAAUACCAAACGCCAUUCUUUUACAUGGUUAUAUUUGUAUGUGAAUGUAAACUGUGUAUAAUUAAAACUAUCUUGUAAAUAACUACAACACAGUUGCUCUUAUUGUUUAUGGGUUCAUGCUAAUGUAUUAUG